UUUGAGUUUGCGGUUGAAGUACAAAGAGGCUUUUGUUUUUAAAAGUAACUUAAGGAAGUUCGUCGCCCCGCUUUCUGUAGCUUCACAGUGGCCCAGUCAAAACAAUGCAGUGUUGCAGCUGCGAGUAGCGUCAGCUUUAAAGAGCAACAAUCUAAUUUCUCCACGGUCACGGUGCUCCGUGUCCGCCCGCUGGCUGCAUCACCCCGGCGGACGUCAGCCGGAUCGGGCCCGGGGUUCAUUUCACUCCGAGCCGCCAUUGUUGGGGAUUUAACCGUUUUUGUUUAGCCGAAAUGGAGCCCGCUAACGGCUGGCUGACAGCAGCAGAGGGAAGUGGCUGAACGGCGAAACAAACCCGGAGUUUGCGUCCAUAAACGGUGAAAUAAACUCUCGGUAGGCCGGUGGGCGACAUGGUGGAGUAGUAGUGGUCGUCGGCGCUUAAGUUCUCGGUGUCCUCCGAGCUCUCUCCCCGGGGAGGACCGCCAUGGCGCCGGGCUCGCUGGUGGCGGCCUGCCGCAGUCUGGCCCUCUCUACGUGGCUGCUCUCCUUCUGCUUCGUCCACCUGCUGUGUCUGGACUUCACCGUGGCCGAGCGGGAGGAGUGGUACACCGCCUUCGUCAACAUCACCUACAUGGACCCGGCCACCUCCGAGGUGCGCACCGAGAAGACGGAGUGCGGCCGCUACGGGGAGCACUCCCCGAAACGGGACGCCAAGGGGGUGGUGGUGCUGCCCGCCGCCCCGCUGGACCGGCAGGCCUGUGACCCCCACACCCGCUUCGUGGUGCCCUCGCAGGCCGCGGCCGGUUGGAUAGCGCUGAUAGCCCAUGGGAACUGCACGACCAAGGACAAAAUCCGCCAUGCUGCCGCCCACAACGCCUCGGCGGUAGUCAUCUUCAACGUGGGCUCCACCAACCCCAACGACACCAUCACCAUGCGCCACCAAGGUACAGGCGAGGUCGUCGUCAUCAUGAUCCCGGAGCCGAAGGGUCGGGAGGUCGCGUCGCUGCUGGAGCGCAACAUCACGGUUACCAUGACGAUCACCAUCGGCACCAGGAACCUGCAGAAGUACGUGAGCAGGACGUCGGUGGUGUUCGUCUCCAUCUCCUUCAUCGUGCUGAUGAUCAUCUCCCUCGCCUGGCUCGUCUUCUACUACAUCCAGAGGUUCAGAUACGCCAACGCGCGCGACAGGAACCAGCGUCGACUCGGCGACGCGGCGAAGAAGGCCAUCAGCAAACUUCAGGUUCGCACCAUCAGGAAGGGCGACCAGGAGACGGAGGCCGACUUCGACAACUGCGCCGUCUGCAUCGAAGGCUACAGGCCCAACGACGUGGUCCGCAUCCUGCCCUGCAGGCAUCUGUUCCAUAAGAGCUGCGUGGAUCCGUGGCUGCUGGACCAUCGUACGUGUCCGAUGUGUAAGAUGAACAUCCUGAAGGCCCUGGGCAUCGCUCUGAACGCCGACUGCCUGGACGACCUCCCGCUGGACUACGACCUGGCGCUGGGCAUCGUCGGCGGCGUGGGGAUGGGCGGAGUCGGCGCACUGGCGCUGGAGGCCGGGGCGUCCAGCGACGGGACGCUCAGCGAGGGCGGGUCCUCGGUGGUUCUGGACCCCGGAGUCAGGCGGGUCGGGCUCCCGCAGGACUACCAGGACCCCGACCCGCUCAGAGACAGCCCCGUGACGGCCACCACCGACACCCACACAGGUGAGCUGCAGCCAAUGGCGUGCAGCGCCUCUGUGGCGUCACUAGUCAUCGCCGUGGAAACCGGCCUGUCGGACGAGGAGGGGUCAAUGGAUCGACCUCAUAUGGGUGCCAAGUCCUGAGAACAGCCCAGCAGAACUGAGCCAGAACCAGGCCAAAAUAAACAAGAACUCCUUGAACCAGAAGGUCCAGAGAGACUAGAACCACCAGACGUAAACGUGCUCACAGCUUGGUUCUGGAUUAGAUCCGUCUGGUCCAGAACCAGCACCACGAUGCUCGACUGCGUUUGGAUAGUUUGAGCGGACCCGCUCAAAAACCAGACAUUUCAGUUUUCAACUUCGAUCGUUCUUGGUUCUUCAUCCCGACUCCACCUGGUUCCGUCCACAGAAGAUCCAGCUGGUUCUGUCAGCAGAACCGAGUCAUUCCUGACGGAACCCAUCUGGUUUCUCCAGAGUCCAGGAAGUUGUUCUCCGGUUCUCUUUCCUUGCUCUGGUUCUGGUUCUCCAGGUUUGGACUGCCUCUUUCUGACGUUUUGCAUCGUCUGACUGAUAAAUUUCGAUCUCAAUCGGACUCUGAUUGACCCGGCAGUAUUACUCCUGCAGUAUUGAAGACCCGCCUGCCUCGUUCGGGUCGGUUUGUUUCUUUGACCUCUGAACUUUCCUGCGUUUCAGUUUCAGUUCUUCAUCGUUUCUGGAGCGAUGCAGAAAUCCAUGAAGUUUAUUUAAAACGUGAAGCACAGAUGAAAACGAAGAAGAAAAUGCUGCCUGGAUCUCUGAAUCGGAACCAGAACAAGCGUCGAGUUCCUCAACUCUUCAUCUCCUUUAAACAUCACAGGAACUCUUGGUGCUUUUGGACCACAGCAGGUUUCCUUUGCAGUCAAAAUCCCGCCGGGUUUAGGUCCCAUCUCAGUUUUUGUUGAUCUAUAAUCUUGUUGGAAAUUCUUUGUGACGUCCUGUUGGACCGCCGUGGAUUUCCUGUAGUUUCUGGAGCAAACUGGUUCUUUACUAUUUGAAUAUUCAAAUAAUCAAAUAUUUGUUGAUCUGUGAUGCAGAACUCUGGUUCCUCCAUCAGAUCCUCUGAUGCUUCAUUGACGUUAAUUAGCAAAACGUUAAAUCUAAAACCUGCCAGUUUCCAGAAGAGUUUAUCUCUUUAAACACAGUUUCAGUCGAGCAGCACCAAUAGGUAACGAGCUUAAAGAGCCGAAAUGCCAAAUACAAUUACUUGAUAUUUAUGAUGGGUUUCCGAUGUUAGAGGCUUCUUGUGGAUAAAAUCUGUCUGAAAUAUAACUCCACAUUUGAUCAGAAUGAAUUGGUAAAAAGGAAAAGACGCUCAGAUUGUUGGGGAAUAAAAUUUGUUCAUAAAAUAUUGAGAAUAAUCUAUAAUACUGUUGGUUUUUAGGAACAAAGAAACCCGACAGCAACCAGUUAAAUGUAGCUUUUUGAUUUAAAGGUUCCAGUGCUCGGAUGAAUUAAAUCAGUUUUGCAAUAAAUAAAAGUUUUUGAAUGUUUUCAUGUUUUUGUCAUCGAACUGGUUGCAGCUUGGAGGAUCAAACAAAACAGCAGUGAGAACUUUUCAUUUAAUAAGUUCAACACUUUAAUCCCUUUUGGGUCUUUCAGCGGGAUGCUCUCGCGCGAUCUUCCUCGGUAAUUUAGCGGUACCUCUCCAGAACCGUGUGGUCCGAAAGCACCUUCAGCGUUGCCUUGCUCUUCUUCCUCAUCUCGCUCCGCCGUCAUCCUGCAGCCUUUUUCUACCUUUAUCAUUAUCUGCUGGUCUGGACCCCCACCGUUAUCUCUCCCCCCCCGAAAACACGGACUGCGAGCGAAAGGUUCCCGGUUCUGCCUCGACCCGUUCCUCGUCCUGUAAAUAUGAAACGGGUUCACUCCGCUGUUUGCUCACUCCGGACGUUUUCGACGAGAAAGAAAAAGAUUGUCGUCUAUUUUGAUACCAGAGGAGACGUUUAUUUUUGUAACGAAGCGGCAGAGACUGAUUUAUCGGCGCCGUCCGACCCGCCAGCAGCCCGGAUGGUUCUGAUCGGGCUGGUUUAGAUGUUCAGUAAAUGUGUAAUUGCACAUAAAAGCUUGUCGUUUUUAUUUCCAGAGCUUGUUUGGUUGAAACCUGAGAGAACUGAGCUUGUGGAUGGAAACAAAGAAGCGACUUCAGCGGAAAUAAAUAGUUUCCUUUGGUAUUUGUCUGUUUUCCAGCCUCAGUGCUUCUGUUUCCAGUGGGUUCAGUUCCUCUCAGACUUUCUUUCUUUGCUUCAGCAGGUUCCCGUUGUAAACACUAAGUAAUUUAUACGCUGUGAAAUCAGAGCUCUCGUAAGAACUGACAAAUUUGUAUGGAUUGUCUUCAGUGAGAAAUGUUUUAAUUAAAGUUACCUGCUUUGUGUUGUGA